GGCUCUUUCCCGUUCUCUCUCCCGGCCUUUGCUCUGCCAGCUGUUCUGCCCCGAUGGCGAAUACAACGCCAUGGCCGCCGCCUUUUUCAACACGCCCGAAAAGAGCGUCGUACGUCUCUUCCACGACCCCCCAGGCACCUAUGACCCCAUGACUUUGGGGACAUUCACCUUGAUCUAUUUCUUCCUGGCUUGCUGGACGUACGGGUUGACGGUGUCGGCUGGCGUCUUCAUCCCCUCUUUGCUCAUAGGAGGCGCCUGGGGGCGCCUGUUUGGCAUUUUGCUCGCCUCCACUACUAGCGGCUGGAUCUGGGCAGACCCGGGGAAAUACGCCUUGAUGGGAGCUGCAGCACAGCUCGGUGAGUGAGGAGGAACUUGGGCGGGGGGGGAGG